AUGGCUUCGCCUUCUGUAUCUAUCUCGCGUCAGUCUUCAAAAGAACAAGGUCGUCGUCCCGCGAGAAAAACGUCCAUAACAAAUGAUGACGGUACAGAAGUGGAUUUAAUGCAAUUUUUGAAUAGUUCUGAACCUGUUAAUAAAAUUAAUAACACGAAACAAUCUAAAGAAUACCAUACAAAACAAACAAACUCAUUUCCCAAUGUAGUAUUAAAACAACAAGAGAAACCAGAGGAUAUUCUGGCAAUGUCCAAGUCUGUUAGUUCAACGUCAAGACCGCUCACACCAGCAAUAAAUAGAUCAUCAUUUCCCGCUUUGGAAUCAACAAGUGUAAAUAACCGUCCUUCAUCACCUCAACAACAACACCCAGUGAGAUUUUCAACUUCAGAUGAAAUGCCAAAUGACAAUUUAACUACAGCACUCGAUGUUCCAUUGCAGUCGCCUCCUCUUCAACAACAAGAUGUUUCUAUUCCAUCACCUACCUCAGCGAACGAUCAUCUUAAAGAUGAGAUACUCCACUCAUUAAAUGAUGAAAUUCUCUCAUUAACUAGCCAUAAUCAAUCAUAUGAAGUUGAACUUCAAAAUUCAAAGCGUCUACAUCUGCAAUAUCAACAGCAAAUCUCUGAAUGCGACGCUUUACUGCGGGAUCUAAGAUCGAAAGAAUCAGACUAUUUAGAAACAAUCAUAGCAAAAGAUUCACAAAUUGCUUUGUUAAGAAUACGUUUACAAGAAUCCGAUGAUUUAUGUAAACAAAAACAGCAAUUAAUUGAGCAGUUACAACUGAAAAUUUCUCAACUUGAGUCUGAACUAUCUGCACGUCAACUUGAUGUGGAUAAAUUACAAAAUGAUUAUCAUCUCGCACAAAAACAAGCUCAGGAUGAAAAACAACAACUUCUUGAUUUGUUAAAACUAAAUGAAAAGAAAAUGACAAGUGAAAAAAUGCAUUUACAAGAUACCCAACAUCAAAAUAAACAGUUAAAACUUUUGAUUCAACAAUUAGAGCAAGAUAUGCAAGAUUAUAAACAAAAAGCACAACGAAUUUUACAAACAAAAGAUAAAUUAAUCGCAAAACUCAAAGAGUUUACUCAACAAAAACCACAACAACGCGCGAGUAUACAUGACGAAUCCAUACUAUUGUCUGAUCAACAACAAUCGUCCGAUGAAACUGGUCUUGAUUUAGCUGAUAAUGGUAAUUUAUCUCCAACUAGUAGCUCUUCACAGAUAAACUGGUCUCAAAUCAAUUAUGAUGAACUUAAAGUUGAAAAUGAACUUUAUAAAUCAGAGUUAAAACAACGUGAAUUACUUAUUUACAAUUUGAAGCAUGAUUUGAGUGAAUAUGAACUUCAACAACAACAUUUCGAUGAACAAACACAUGCCGAUCUCAAACACCUUCAAGAUCAAUUACAAGAUGAAAGAGAUCGUUAUUCUCUCUUAGAACAAGAUUGUAAAAAGUUGAAAACAGAUUAUCAUUUACUGCAAGAUGAUUUACAUAAACAAAAACAGCAAAUGUAUACCCAGUUGACUGAACGAGAACGAGAGUUGGAAAAAUUACGACUACAAUUAACGUCAAAAACAAUUAAUCACUUAAACGAUUAUGAAUUAGAGAAGCGAUUACAAACACUCACUGAAAAUCUAAUACAAAAACAAACGGUCAUAGAAACUCUUCAAACUGAUAAACAGUCGUUGAAUUUACAAUUGGAAAGAUUAGAAGCUCGAUUAAAUGAUUAUGAUCAAAUAUCAACGGCUUCGGCUCAAAAGCGGAAUACGACCACAAUUCAAAUGGGUGGUGAUCAACGUGAAGACGAUGAACAUUCAAACGUCGAAAAUAUUCGGUAUCGCAUGCCUAUAUUACGAGAAACACCGUACGAUGUUGAUUUGGCUAAAAAAGUGAAGAGAGCUGUUAGUGAAUUGGAUAAAUUGGGUAUUCGAUUGGGAGUAUUUCUAAGACGAUAUCCAAUUGUGAGAUUGGGCGUCCUAUUUUACGCGAUUUUAUUGCAUGCAUGGGUACUUUUGGUACUGUUUACAUAUAAACCUGAAACACAUGAUACAAAUUAUCAACCACCAAGUUUGCCGAAACAACCGUGA